UAUGACACAAUUCAAUCCACGUCAGUAACAAUGGAAAUGACAUAUUUCUUUUUAGAUUCAACUCUUUAUAGAUAAAGUUCGUGUACUCACAAUCAAAGAACGUACAUAUACGUCAAUGUUGAUAUUUCAAGUAAAUGUGUAUGAAAAAUCCAUGCUAGCAAAUAUUAAUAACGAAUGUACUUUUAUCAGCUAGCACAAAGAAGUGUCGAACAGUGCUUUAUGUUCUGUUACUGAUAUAUGGGCUAUAUAGGGUAUCUCUUAUGAUCUAAUAAUUGUUAAGUCACAAUUGCUAAUGUUUCAGUUCCUACCUCGGAUACCAGUGUUUCUCAAGCUGGUCUAAUAGCUGGGCUGGUAGUCUUAUUUAUCAUCCUACUUGGGGCGGGCGGGGCCGCGAUUGGUUACUACAUAUAUACCAAGAAGUUUAAAAAGAUCGAUCCGGAGAAGCAAGUGAUUGAUAAAGAGAAAACCAUGGACAGCAAAGAUUCUCGUGCACUCGAUACUGUGACGCCAAGCGUCGUAAAAACGGAUAUGACGUCGCCUAGAAAUGGCGGCUCACAUGGGAAACGCCGACACAAGCGCAUUGGUAUCAAGAAAGUCGACGGCCCUGCAGUACCUCUUCCCCCUGUCAAAAUAAAAUCAAGAUAUCGUAGAAACUUUGCCUCAAAAUCCUUAAUCACCCCAAGAGAUAUCCGACCACCUACAAGAAAACAGUCAGAUGUAGGUAAUAAACAACCUGAUCAGCAACCUGAUGAUAAUCGCGAUAAUGCACCAAUUGUCGACACUGCACCACCUGAUUUACAAUUAGCUCUCGCACGAGAAGACACAUUUACAGGACAAUCUAGAUGUAGCACAGCAUUUGAAGAUAAAAUCGAAUUCACUCUUCAAAAAGAAAAACCAAACCUUUCAAUAAAGAGCAUAAAACGCCCAUCAAAGAGUAGACAGUCUAGUAUAAUACAAAAUAGCGCCAGGAAACUAAAUUCAAGGCAAAGCAUUAAGAGUCGAAAUGGAAAGAAAGAACCAAACAGUGCAAGGUCUUCACAGAAGAAUAUUGGCUUGACAGUUAAGUCGCUCCAAAGCGAUAAGAAUAGCUACGUUAAACAUGCUAAAGCUGUUUAUAAAGACAGAAAUGUGAUAUACAGAAAGAAAAUUAAACUAAAAGGAAAAAUUAAGAAGAAAAAAUCAAUAAAAUCGGCAACAAGCAUAAAGCUUGAUAAGAUAACAAAAGAAGACAUUAUUGGAAAGCCAAAGGAAAUUUCUGAAGAAAAAACUGUAAAAGAUAUUCAUGUUUGUCCGGAAUGUACAAUAGAAGAUAUUACAGAUAAAGUACCCGAUAAAAUUCAGAAUGAUGAAAGUGAGAAGCCAAUUGUAGAAAUUAAAGAAGCAUUUAUUGAAAAACCUGAAGAACCUCCUACACCUGUAGACGUGUUACCGGUAACUAGUCCAAAGUCAGCUGAUGAAAAUUUCUUUAUGUGUUCAAAUGAUGAGGACAACGAGUAUGCUGAAUUCAUGGAAAAAAGAAAGAAAGAACAGGAAAUGAUAGAAAGGGCAGAAAAACAAAAGUAUUUAAAUUUUUCAAUGAACUUAGUUAAAAGUAUUCCAAAAGUUUCAAAGAAAAGUAAGGUAAAUAAAUCUUCCGAUAAAAAUCCAAUAACAUCGUUGAUGCAAAAUGUGGAGUCGUUUGCUCGAUUUAGUGUUCUCCGUAAAAAGUUUUCAUUGAAAAGCAAAAAUGACGUUUCGAAGGAGAGAAAAGAAGCGGUGAUAGAACAGAAAGUAUUAACACAAGUUUACUUCAACUAUAAUUUAAAAUCCAAAUCUAGACUACAACUUCGACGCCAACGCACAAGACCGUCUGUUGUUUUUUAA